AGUAAAGGUAGAAGGUCAAUAAAGUUUUAAGGUUAGUGAGGUUAUCUCUUCGAAAAUACAAAAUAAUAAUAUAUUAUUAAUAGGAGCAAGUUUUGUAAAAUGCCAGAACUUAUAAAAAGCAGUGAAUCAUUCGAGAACAUUGUCAAAGAUACAAAGCUCACAGUUGUUCAUUUUUCUGCUGACUGGGCUGAGCAGUGUGCCCAAAUAAACGAUCUUUUAGACGAGUUAAAAAAACAACCAGAUUUUUCUGAAGUACAGUUUUAUCAAUGCUUAGCAGAAGAUCUUUCCGAAAUUUCUUUGAAAUAUAACGUAGAUUCUGUACCAACAACAUUAUUAUUUCAAUCUAGUAAAGUCCUAAAUAGAAUAGAUGGUACAGAUACAGCUAAAAUAACAGCAACAAUAAAGAAGUAUAUUCAAAGCGAUCUUAAUGUAUCUGUAGUUAAUAAAGUGCCACUUGAAGAAAGAUUGAAGCAGCUUAUUAAUAAAUCCAAAGUUAUGCUUUUUAUGAAAGGUGAUAGGACUGCACCUCGUUGUGGUUUUAGUAAGCAAAUUGUUCAAAUAUUAAAUGAUACGGGAGUAUUAUAUGAAACAUUUGAUAUUUUAACAGACGAAGAAGUUCGUCAAGGAUUAAAAACAUUCUCUGACUGGCCCACAUACCCACAGUUAUAUGUUAAUGGAGAAUUGAUUGGUGGAUUGGAUAUUGUUAAAGAAAUGUUAAAUGCAGGCGAAUUAAAAUCUGCACUAAGUGCAUAAUUUCAAACUGUAUUGACAACUUAGUAAUUUAUUCUGUCAUUGAUAAGCUAUGCUACAAUAUAUUCACUGAGAACUG